AUAAAAUAGAUAAUUCAUACCCCGACUGUUGCGCGUCUCCAGUUCUGCCUCCUUGUUCCUAACCGAACGUUGGGGUUUGUCGCUAGUGAUCUGGCCCUUUCCUGGACCCUUAGCUACAAGCCAGCCGGACCGCGCCUCCGUUCGCUUGUGACCGAGGCCAGCGCGGGCCUGCCCGCCCCCCGCCCCAACUAAGACCGCACCUCUUGGGAAAAGGCACAGGCGCCUCACGGCGCUUCAUCUGUACAUUCCUCUUUACCAGCUUUUGCACCCCAAAAGCUGGUUCCGAGCCUCCCGGCAGGGUGGGUAAACACUAGUGGAACGUCUAGAGCACAGCUCCCGCAGGGGCUCUUACUGGAGGCAGCCCUGUUCCUACCCAGAUGGCGCGCGGGGCCGAGCCCCCCGAUGGAGGCUGGGGAUGGAUGGUGGUGCUCUCAGCGUUCUUCCAAUCAGCUCUGGUGUUCGGGGUGCUCCGCUCCUUCGGAGUCUUCUUCGUGGAGUUUGUGGCGGCGUUUGAGGAGCAGGCAGCGCGCGUCUCCUGGAUCGCCUCCAUUGGAAUCGCAGUGCAGCAGUUUGGGAGCCCGAUAGGAAGCGCCCUGAGCACGAAGUUCGGGCCCAGGCCUGUGGUGAUGACAGGGGGCAUCUUGGCCGCGCUGGGUAUGCUGCUCGCCUCAUUUGCUACCUCCUUGACCCACCUAUACCUGAGUAUUGGGCUGCUUUCAGGCUCUGGCUGGGCCUUGACCUUCACUCCAACCCUGGCCUGCCUGUCCCGUUACUUCUCUCGCCGACGAUCCCUAGCCACAGGCCUGGCACUGACAGGAGUGGGCCUCUCCUCUUUUGCAUUUGCCCCCCUCUUCCAGUGGCUACUCAGCCACUAUGCCUGGCGGGGCGCUCUACUGCUGGUAUCUGCCAUCUCCCUCCACCUAGUGGCAUGUGGUGCUCUCCUCCGCCCAUUGUCCCUGACUGAGGACACAGUUAUGGGUGGCCCUGCAGCUCAACUCACCUCCCUUCUCCAUCAUGGCCCCUUCCUCCGUUACACUGUUGCCCUCACCUUGAUCAACACUGGCUACUUCAUUCCCUACGUCCACCUGGUGGCCCAUCUCCAGGACCUGAAUUGGGAUCCACUACCUGCUGCCUUUCUACUCUCUGUGGCUGCUAUUGCUGACCUUGUAGGGCGUGUGGCCUCUGGGUGGCUGGGAGAUGCAAUCCCAGGGCCUGUGGCACGGCUUCUGAUGCUUUGGACUACCCUGACUGGGGUAUCACUGGCCCUGUUCCCUGUGGCUCAGGCUCCCACAGCCCUGGUGGUUCUGGCUGUGACCUACGGCUUCACAUCAGGAGCCCUGACCCCAGUGGCCUUCUCCGUGCUGCCUGAACUGGUGGGAACUGGAAGGAUUUACUGUGGCCUAGGACUGGUGCAGAUGGUAGAGAGCAUCGGGGGGCUACUUGGGGCUCCUCUGUCAGGCUACCUCCGGGAUGUGACAGGCAACUACACAGCUUCAUUUGUGGUGGCUGGGGCCUUCCUUCUUGCAGGGAGUGGAGUUCUCAUCACCCUGCCCCACUUCUUCUCCUGCUUUUCAGCUCCUACUUCCAGGCCCCAGGACCUUGUGAUAGAGGCAGUGGAUACCAAAGUCCCCCUGCCCAAGAAGGAGGAGGGGCUGGGAGAGGACUGAAUUCCACUAAGAGUACCCAAAAGCCAGAUCUUGACAGCUCCAGGUUUUCUCCUGCCUGAAGGAGGUAUCCACAGAACCACAGUGCCUUAAGAUUCUUGAUCUUUCUCCCCCCAGAGUAGGCCUGGGUCUCUUCCGAUGUGUGUGCCAACCCUUUGAGGACUCAGUCUUCCGACGUGUGUGCCAACCUUUGUUAAGGACUCACAUUUCUUCUCAUUUGCUCUCCCAACCUUUUCUGAAGGAUCCAGGAGAUCCUGUUUCACUGAGCUGUGAAUCAACUGUGAAAAUCAAAGACCAAGAGACUUCUCAUGUUUUACAUGUGAUCUCUAGUGUCCUCCUAAGUGUCCUUUCUGAAGACAGAUGUUUGAGAAGCAAGGAUGUCUGUCUCAGAUAAAACUGAAUAAGGAAACUGGACAAUAAUUGUAACCUCAAAAAGAGGCGGGCCCAUGUGUGGGUUGGAAUUAUGGCUGGGCAGGGGAGGGGAGGUGUCCAGGAGCUCUGAUGACCCUGAGUUCCUCCCUCCUGUCCACUUGUCUCCCACUUCCUCACCUGUGACUUAGAAAUUAAGAGAAUGGUGAGAUCACAGAGUGUAUAUAUAUGGGUGGGUACCUUGUUUAGGAGGGAGAUAAGGACUUGAUAGAACUUUGGUCUAGACCUAGAAUUCUCCCUCAGAAAAAUAGAGGGAAAUUGAAAUGCCAGAAAGAUUCUGCAAGGUCUGGAUACUUAAGGUAAAUGAUGAUGAAGCAGGUGGCAUCCAUAAGCAUCUCUUCCCUCACCCCCAACAAAGUGAAACUGCAGACAAUUUUUCAAAGACUUCCUGUUAUGGCAAGGACUUGGGCAAAGAGAAAUGGACUAACUGGACAGCUAGACACCCUUCCCCACCCCCAGGAUUACUGCAGUCCUGUUUAUUUCAACCAGACUUUUGGAAUAUCUUAAAGUAGAAUAUUUUGGGGGUUCUAGAAUGACGACAGUUGGAGCUUUCAGAAAAAUCAGAUAAAAAUUCUUUAUUUGGGGGAGGGGCUUAAACAAGAAAAGGAUCAACAAGUGGUGUCCAGAGUGGAGUGAGGGCCUCCUGGGGGCAGUAGAGCAACCUGGGGCACCCGAAGCAGCUCUCCUGUUUCAAGUGGAGGGGUAGCUGUAGGUGAGGCUGGACGGCAGGAGGGGAGGGCCCUGGGCAGUCCCAUGUAGAUGAAGCUGCCAGAGAGGAUGAAAGAGCCACACACGAGGAAAGAGGCAGUGAAAUCUCCUGUCUCGUCCCUUAGGAAGCCUGAAAGGAGGGGUAAAGGAAUUUAGAGGUCUUGUACCCCACAGACAGAGGACAGUUGUGAGAGGAUCUGCUGGUUCAGACCCUUACCUGACAGGGGCGGGCCCAGGAGUCCCCCGAGGCUCAUCAGCAUCAUCACCAGCCCAGUAGCCUGCACCACACCUCCGAUGCCCACCAGCCCCGGGAGCACACCAAAAACCAGUGGGGCGUAACUUCCAGCGCUAAGCCCGUAGGCCCCAGAUGCAGCCAGCAGGGCACCCCCCCAGUCGUCCUCGCUCCCCACCGCCGGCACCAGUCCCACUGCCAGCAGUCCCAGCCCUGUCAGUGCUCCAAACACUGUCAACAGCCGCGGAAGGGGCACCCAGCCCUGGUCCGCCAGCCACCCACAGACCAGCCGGGCUCCCGCAUCCCCCACUGCAGCCACAGCCACCACCAAAGCUGCCCCGUAUCCCCCCAGGCCCCGGUCUAAAGCAUGUGGGGCCAGGUGCACGUAGGGAACAAAGUACCCACCCCCAACCAGAGCUGUGCCCAGAGCAAAGACAGAGAAGGCCCGGCGCUUGAAAAGACCCAGGCCAAGGGCAGCUAAGGGGUUGCGGGGUGGAGCCGCGGGGUCACCAGGAAGGGCCAGGGGUCGCAGCAGGGCGCCACAAGGGGUGAGGUGGAGUGUGACAGCGCCAAGGAGGAGCAGGGCGCCCCUCCAACCGAAAGUGUCAAGGAGGAGCUGCAAGGCAGGCGCCAGAAGCAGGGAGGAAGCCCCGUUGCCAGUGAGUGCCAGCCCCACAGCCAAGACCCGACGGCGAGAGAAAUAACGGGAGAGGGUACCAAGGGCAGGGGCAAACACCAGAGCCCAGCCGGAGCCUGCGAAUGGAUAGGGUGGGUUAAAGGCAGGUUCCAGGGAUGCCUGCCCCAGCAUUCCCAGCCCUGCUUCUCGCAGAAGGCCCCCCACCUCCAUACCCCAACUCCCAACAAAUUCCUAUCCCCACCCCCUCACCCCUGAAGGACUGGGGCAUGCCACUCCCCUCACCCGCGAGGAGGCCCAGGCCGAGGUAGAGGUGCAGCAGGCUUUGGGCGAAAGCCGAGAAGACGAAGCCCAGCGAAGUAAGGACUCCCCCAACCAUCACCACCGGGCGCGCCCCCCAGCGUGUGCUCAAGGCGCUGCCCACUGGGCCUAGAAGGGGUCGAAAUCAACGGAAGACACGCUCCUGGACCCCCAAACUCUCUUCAACACUUCUCAUUAGUUGUUUGGCCUCAAACUACUCCCUGGGUCUAUUAGCUCCUCCCCUUGACCUCAAGACCCACUCUUUUCUAGAACUUGGUUUCACCAGUCAGUCACUUUUUCUCGGGUUGUCUAGUAAUUAAGUGGAUCUGCCAUCACUAUAUUCAUGGUCCCCUACACCCCUUUCCCGCCCCCCACCUCGGGCCCUCCCUCACUGGCUGCCUGCUGCAUGGCCAAGGCCAGGGCGCUGACCCACGCAGUGUCCUGGGCGCUUCGGUCAAAGUGCUCGGCGAGGUCAGGGAGGGCAAGGCCCAGGGACCGUAAGAGCCCGUAGGAGAGCCCAUUCACCGCGAAGGCUGCGGCCGCCACCACCCAGCCCCAGCCCCCGUCCGGGGGUCCGGCUGGCUUGGGGGUCAUCACCGUCUGCGGGGAUGGGGAAACACCUGUGAGUGAGGUCUCCACUCCUGAGCCUCCGCUAAGGAGCUGGCGUUCCUGAGAUCCAUUCUCGGGCUUCUCUCCCAGGGCGGGCACGUCACCCAGAGCGUGGGCGAGGGAACCAGGCCUAGGGACAGAACUCCUGGGUGCUCGCGGGGUGGAUGGGGGACAGCUGGAUCCCCCAAGCCGCGGGCUCCCCUCCCACACACCCCUUUCGCCUUACCCGACCUCUCUGGGCGGUGAGGGAAAGGGAAGGGCGAGGAAGGGCUCGGCCGGGGUUUCUCCUCGCUUCCCGGGCGGGCGGGGCCCCGGAAUGGAGCUACUGCGGAGAUGGAGCCCAACUUGGACGGGUUC